AUGUAUAUGACUACGAAACUAUUGCUCAAAACGCGCAAGAGUUACUACCGGUGCACAAACAGUAAAUGCACGGUGAAAAAGAGAGUCGAGAGAUCCUCCGAAGAUCCCACAUUGGUUAUCACCACAUACGAAGGUCAACACAGCCACCACUUAACCGGGCUUCUCAGAGGCCGCUCGUUCCUCCCUCAAGAAAGGCACAAUCCGCAGCUGUAUUUUCCGAAUCGUCAAGAAAACCCAUCGUUUUCCAUUACUAAUUCCCAACCGACUAACGAGUUUCAAGGCCAAUACGGAGAAACCCACUUAGAGCAACACGAAGCAAGUGGGAAUUCACGGUCUCUAACGGACGAUGGGCUUCUCGGCGAUAUAGUGCCAGCCGGGAUGCGAAACGGAUAG